AGAAUACCAUCGGCAUGACUGGAGACAAGAAAUAAAACAUGUUAAACUGAAGGAUAAGGUAUAAAUACCAGCAACGAGACACCCAAGCCGACACACACCUCUGAAUUAUCCGACGCAAAGGAAUCUUGCCAGCAGCGGAGGAACAUGAAUACGCUUAUAUUCGUACUGGGCACUGUGGUGGCUCUAGCGUCAGCCGCCCCUCAAAAACCAGAGGAACCUAUCGCCAUCAAAAGCCAAAACAGCAAAUACAACCCCGAUGGGUCUUAUGAGUACAGUUACGAAACUGCUAACGGCAUAAAGGCACAAGAAGUUGGAACCCUGAAAAAGGCAGCUGCCCCGGAAGACGGAAACGUAAUUGUAACCCAGGGCUCCUAUACUUACACGAGCCCGGAAGGAAUUCAAAUCACGCUUCAGUACGUUGCGGAUGACGUAGGUGGCUUCGCCCCUCAAGGCGACCAUCUGCCCACAUCACCACCAAUACCAAUCGCAAUCCAGAGGGCCCUCGACUACUUGGCAACGCUGCCACCCACUCCAGAAACACCACGAGGUCGUCCUUAGUCGGCACAAACAAGAACUCAGCUUGUCAAACUUCUGGAGAUAUUUUGUAUCUGUUAAACCAUUCACAUUUCCACUACUAUGAAACAAUAAAUCACGUUUCGCCUCCUAGAUGGCAGCAUCAUAAAAGUGGUUUCCGAAUUCUCCACUAGAUAUUGCUGUAAGUCUAAUUUUGUAUCCUGUUCACUUCGAGUUUCGAUGUCAGUGGCAUGCAACAAAUAUUUUCUAGUGCAUUGAAAGACAAGUUUCCAGUAAACUUUAUACUUGCUGAUACUUCUGUUGUAUCAAAUUGCUAAGGUAUUCGACAACGAUGAGAGAAUAGUUUUAUCUUAUGAGCUGUUACUUCUAAAGUAGACACUCGCAAACAUUUUCGAAAAUUGGACUGUAACAUAAUUACGACUUUUAGAAAAUUCGUAGCGAAAUAAAUCACGAUUUACUCGUUCGGGGUAAGUUCCAAGUUUGUUUUAAUAUGAAUCUGAUUCUCUGUUUUAAUUAUCAGAAUACGUCUUACAAAAUGUAACAGCUCUCUCUCUCUCUGUCCUAGCCAAUCCUUUACGCCAAAAUCUUAUUAUUUUCCGAUGGGAGUGCAGUUGUAAAAUCAUACUCGCGGAUAAGUCUUCUAUUCGACUAUGCGUUGCAACUCUACUUUCAGAAGAGAAGUGGUCCAAUAUUUACGUCAACUGGCUAUAAAGAAGUACAAAUCUGGUGUAGGUUUUAAUAUAGGCAGUUACCCCAUUCGAAUUUUUUCUUAAAUAUGAAUAAAUGAGAGUAGUUGUCUGAAAAACACGUCUUUCUCAUUAACUCUAUUUUCAUAUUAAACCUGCCAUACAUUUUGUAAUAUUAGAAGCGCGUGGUAUCUUUAUAACGUUUAUAAUCAGGCUAUUUAUUGGCGGAAAUUCGUUUAAAGUCGUUUAAAUAUGACCUAAGACUGAAAUACUUAUCCUUGCCAAUUUCUCAUUGAAAUUUCUAAUAGUAACAUCCCUAAUGUCUCACCUCAGAACAACCCAACGGUUUCAGGGUAUAUUAUACGAGUCAAAAAACCUUAUAAGCGCUGUAUAAUACAUGGUUUAGAGACAUUUAUUUCAUAGUGUUGGUAACUAAUUAAAAUUAGCACUCCAGCCUCAAGUUAUCAAAGCUGUGUAAAGUUUUGAAGAACCCAAUAAAAAGUAUUUGUAUGGAAUUGUCGAAAAUUCUUUUUUGUUUCAGAAAUUGUAAGACUGACACAUAUACCCUCGCACCGGUAUAUUAUACAAUGCUAUUUCGUUAAAGAUAUGCAUUUUUACAAAGUCUAUUGAAACGAUCCCAGAAACGUAUGAUUAUAUGCGAGGUUAUAAUUAAUACUGCAAACCAAAAGGUGUCUUAGACGUUGCAUUGACUGCUGCAUUACGAAGUUAUUUUAGGAUAUAUGAGUUAUAAAUAUCAAUCUGAAAACUAUUACAAGAAAUAUAAAAUAAUUUGUAUGUUGUACUACUAUAACUAGUUUCCGCCAAUAAAUAAGUAAUUAGCACAA